AUGAGAAAGAAGGAGAAGGAGGAAAAGGUGAAGGUUAAGGAGAAAAAGAAGAAGAAGGAGAAUAAGGAGGAAAAAGAGAAAAAGGUGAGGAAGGAGGAAAAAGUGAAGGUUAAGGAGAAAAAAGAGAAGGUAAAUGUUAAGGAGGAUAUUAAAGUUAAGAAGAAGGAUGAAAAAGAGAAAGAUGAGAAGAACGAGAUGGAGGAAAAAGAGAAGAAGGGGAAAAAGGAGAAAAAUGUGAAGGUUAGGGUGAAAAAGGAGAAGGUAAAUGUUAAGGAGGACGUUAAAGUUAAGAAGAAGGAUGAAAAAGAGAAAGAGGAGAAGAAGAAGAUGGAGGAAAAAGAGAAGAAGGGGAAAAAGGAGGAAAAUGUGAAGCUUUUGCCAGUGGAUUUGUGA